UUGUCGUUUUUUGUGUGUGUGCAUAACUAGUUGCGUGUGUGUUUAGUAUGCAUUAUUACACACUGCUGCCCUCCUACAAGCCUGUGUAUGAGACUCAGAAAGACAAGCUGGUCAGUCAUAAACUUAGAAACACAUCAGCAACUCCCAUCACACUGCUUUACCACCAAGAGACGCACAGAGAGGACCAUCACAACAUCUGUGGACACUGAAAAACUGAUCCACAUUAAAAGUUGGUGUGAGACAGCUUGUGCGACACUGAUGGGAUUCAUCUAAAAACAACCCACAACCACAGGACGUCCCACUGAAUGACACAGUAUACACCGUGUGGAGUCUGAGCUGUCACACCCUGACACCUCCUAGUGUCCUAGUAAGACAGAUAAACCAGGAGACUCUGAGGUUUCUACGGCAACCAUGGCGUCCACAGGUCUUCAGCUGAUGGGUCUGGUGUUGGGGGUGCUGGGUUGGGUGUGCGGGGCGCUGGUGUGUGCGGCCCCUCUGUGGCGCGUGUCGGCCUUCGUAGGUGGAGAGCUGGUGAUCGCCCAGGUGUUGUGGGAGGGCCUGUGGAUGAACUGCCUCUCCCAGACCACAGGCCACAUCCAGUGUAAGACCUACGACUCCACCCUGGCCCUGCCCACGUCUGCCCAGGCUGCCAGGGGCCUCACCGUGCUCUCCCUGCUCCUCUGCCUUCUGGCCAUCAUUCUUGCGGUAGCGGGGGCCAAGUGUACUCACUGCAUGGGUGACAGUAACCAGGCCCCCAAGGCUCGACUGGCAAAGAUAGCGGGGGUGCUGUUCCUGGUGGCCGGCCUGGCCUACAUGACGCCCAUCUGCUGGACCGCCUAUGCGAUUAUCCGAGACUUCUAUGAUCCCAAUGUGGCGGCGCCUCUGAAACGAGAGCUGGGGCCGGCGCUAUACCUGGGCUGGGGGGCCAGUGUGCUGCUCCUGGUUGGAGGUGUUCUGCUUCACAUCGGCUCUUCUCCACCAGCAGGAAGAACACCACCUUCUAUUGGAGGCGCAGGAAAAAACAAUUCAAAGACUGCAGCAGCUGGAGAAGUGAAACAGCCUGAGAAAUCAUUUGUAUAAUUUUGACAUUUGAUACAUGAAAGAAGAGAUUAGUAGUGAGUUUCUGAUCACCUGACCACUGGAAGUAGAUACAAGAGUUGAAAAAAAGGUGUCACACACUGGCUCUGUAUGCGGGUCUCUUACAUUUUGGACCUGCAGGGACAGUAUUCUACAUUUACAGUACAUCAUUCUUUUAUUGCAUCUCUACUAGAAUGUAUAAUACGUAAUGUUCAGAGUGGGAGUUGAAUUUAAUUGUGGGUGGAAUUUAGAUUUUUAGAUGUUUACUAAUGUGUGUCACUCGGAUUUUUCAGAUUCCACUCCACCUCUGCUUGUGUGUGAGUGUGUGUGUUGGUGUGUGGGUAGUGUGUGUACAGAGGCCCAGUGUACACAGUGCGUCUGCAUGUGCUGCUGUGGUAACUGAGAGUCUGCGUGGGCACUCAACGUGAUGUUUGUACUUUUUAUACAUUUUCUUUGUGUGUCGCUUUGUUGUCUUUUUGUUUUUGUUUGUUUUUUUACAGACAGUCCUUAGUUUUUCUUGUCUUCUUUAAUUUACACUAUGUGUUAUUUUCACCAUUAUUUUAUAACAAAUAUUUUUAAGGGGUUUUGUGGCAUUUACUGCAUUUGAAAAUUAUUAUAUUUUAAGUCACAGAGAAAGCUCAUCAAAUAAUAAGCAAUGAAUUUUCAGUUAAUAAACAGUAAUUAUAGUUGGAAUUAGUCUUUUUCCCCAACUUAUAAGUGCAGGUUUAGUCUUUGACCUUUUGUUCUGGUCCUUUUGGAUUCUGUGUACUUUGGGUUUAAGGCAUUAGGUUUAAUAAUUAAUUAGGCUACAAUCAGAGUUGGGAUGACACAGAAAGGUUGCAAAUAAUAUUUCAUAAGUUUGUAUCCUAUCGUUCACUUUGUCUGCAGAUACUCCAUGUUGUACAUAUAUGUGACUGUAGCUACUGCCUUUAAAUAACUUUGCUAUUAUUUACUUUCCCAAUCAAUAAACUGUGUGUUCAUUUUCUAAUAUAACUUGUUGUUUGAGAGCCUUUUUCACAGAUUGAAUGUUAAUCU